CACCCACCUUUAAACAAUUAAAUUAAACCCUCACAUUUUAUUUUUCUCUCUCUCUAUACUACACUGCCGGAGAUAUCUCAAAACAUGAUUUCAACCGGAAAAAACUAUAAACCAGUUUUGUUUUUCAUAUUAUUGCUUUCACUCUACUAUGUGGACGCUCAACCCGCAUCACCGCCGUCGGAUUAUCCAUACGCUAAAUUCAGCCCUUCAAUGGCGAUUAUAAUCGUUGUUCUUGUUGCUGCUUUGUUCUUCAUGGGGUUUUUCUCGAUCUACAUCCGUAGGUGUUCGAGCGAUGGAGGAGCAAGCGUCCGUGCUGCUCUUUCGAUGCGCCGCGGGAGGCUAGCUGCAGCCUCCCGGGGUCUGGACGCGGAGGUCCUUGAGACCUUCCCGACAUUCGCCUACUCAACCGUGAAAGGAUUGAAGAUCGGCAAAGGCGCACUAGAGUGCGCCGUCUGCCUUAACGAAUUUGAGGACGAAGAAACAAUCCGGUUGAUUCCGAAAUGCGAUCACGUUUUCCACGCGGAGUGUAUCGACGCGUGGCUCGAGCACCACGUUACCUGCCCAGUGUGCCGGUGCGAUCUAGUUCCAAAACCUGGCGAGACAGCACAGCUCGCCAGUGAUUUGGAACUAGCGGCCGGUGGGAAUAAUUCGUCUGCCGCGGAGGAAAUAACCACCGACGUCUCUAUUCGGAUCAGCAACGAAACUGCUGAUCCGACUACUUUGGCUCCGGUUCUUGACCGGAACCAGAGUACUAAACAGAGCCUGCCGCCACGGUCAAAAUCUGUUCGUGGGCCGGCUCUGUUUGAAAAGUUUAGAUCGCACUCCACCGGCCACUCACUCGUGCAGCCGGGUGAGAACAUAGACCGGUUCACGUUAAGGCUACCGGAGGAGGUGCGGAAGCAGGUGAUAACUACGGCCUUAAUGAACCGGUCUGGAAGCACGGUGAGAAUGGCCGGGGAAGGAAGUUCGAGAAAAGGGUACCGAACCGGAGAAGGUAGCAGCCGGGGAAGAUCUUACCGGCGAAUGGGGAGUUUGGACCGGGUAGCCGUGCGGUCGGACCGGUGGGUAUUUGCACGGGCGCCGUCGUUCUUGUCACGAGCGUUUUCCGUCAGGCGUCAAAAGGUUGUGUCGGAUGACGGUGGCGCGUCGACGUCGUCAGCGACUGGCGACAAGGCGGCUCUGAAUAACGUUGGUCCGAAAAGUGACGUGUCCGGUACGAAAGGCGGUGAUGUCGGUCGGCCGCCGGUUUAAGAAUCAUGUUUGCCGGUUAAUGAUUGGUCUGGAUUCCAAUUUGCAGGUGGCCCCGCACACGAGUUAAAAGUAGGUCGAAGUUGCCAACGUUGACCAAGCGCGUAGUGGUUAUGAAUUUUUAAUUGGGGUAUUGAUUGUUUAAUAUAUUUGUAAAUUUUGAAUGUUUAUUAGAUUUAAAGUUGUGGAUAUUUGUUUGCAUAAAGUUAUGUGGCAAAUUAAAUGGAAGUGCCUUCUUACGAAGAUAUUUGUUUCCAUAAA